AUGGCGACAGCGAAAGACGCAACCAAAGACGCAGCCACAAAGUGGAACACGAAUAAACUCGGCCUGCGCCUCGGCAGCGAUGCGCUCGCUGCUGGCGCUGCGGGUGCGCUUGUUGCGCCUAUCAUUACGAUGAUAGAUAAGGGCAUUAUCGAGAAUGCGAGUGGGCGGAAUACCCUAGGCGAGAGCUUGAAGAAGAGCGCGAAGGAGCUGCUAUUGAGGCCGCACCGGUUUCUGACCGGGAAACCAUUCGUGCUUAUCUUCAGUCUUUACUUCGGUACCUACUUCACCGCCAACAGCAUCGACACCCUCUCCUCCGCGCGCUCUCACACCCCCUACUCCUCCACCACUGCCGGCACGCCCAAAUUCGUGGCAACAUCCACCUCCAACCUCGCGCUCUGUCUCUAUAAAGACAACCAAUUCACCCAGCUUUUCGGCAGCAGCGGGUCCAAACGCCCCGUUCCCCUGCCUACAUUCGCACUCUUUACCGUCCGCGACUGCCUCACCAUUUUCGCGAGCUUCAACUUGCCGCCGAUGUUUGCGCCGCGGAUCGAGAAGUAUAUGGGGGAGGAGGUGAAGAGGUACGUGGGCGCGGCGAGUGUGGCGCAGUUUUUUACGCCGGCCGCGAUACAGUUUGUGAGUACGCCGCUGCAUUUGCUGGGGCUGGAUUUGUAUAAUAGGCCGGGUGCGCAGAUGGGCGGGCCGGGUGGGAGGGUCGGGCAAGUGGUGAAGAACUGGGCAAAGAGCGCGUUUGCGAGGAUAGGGCGCAUCAUUCCCGCGUUUGGUGUGGGAGGUGUUGUCAACACGAAGACGAGACAGGCGUUCAUGGGGAGGCUGGAGUAG